AUGGACGAGAAAGAAGUGGUUGUCAAAACCGUCCCCGUCGUUGACGAUGACUCGGGAUGGCAUCCUGAUAUCGUGGCCGGUAUUGACUUUGGCAUGACCUAUACGGGCGUUGCCUACUCGUGCGGACCAGAAUGGCUGCCCCCGAAGACGAUUCAAAGAUGGCCCGGGAAGCUGCCGGGCGAGCUCACAAACAAGGUACAAACAUGCAUUGAAUACGCCCCGGGCGCAAGCUCCCCAAAGGGCUGGGGGUAUUCGUGCAACCAGGACAACCCCGACGCAGACAUCAAAGAAUUCUUCAAGCUCCACUUAGCCCCCUUGUAUCGCGACAACCACUUGCAAGGGCCCAGCAGGCUGGAGGCUCAGAAGUGGUUCCAGGAUUAUAUUGGAUCUAUCUACAAGCAUGUGGUGACCCAUCUCAACAACACUGUGCCGUUAUUUGAAUCGCGAAAAGUCGAAUUUCUUUUCAGCGUGCCGACGACAUGGAAAGAUGUGCGCAUGAUUGAGGAGACAAAAGCAGUGAUAGAAGGCGCAGUCAAUGCAAACUGUCCAAAUCACAAAGCUUUCAUCGGGUUGACGGAGGCAGAGGCUGCGGCGGUUUACGCGUGCAAACAACAUUACCAGAAAAACGACAUCAUUCUGAUAUGUGAUGCGGGAGGUGGAACGACUGACGUGAACGUUCUCCGGUUGCUGUCAGCAAGAGAGCCUACUAAACUGGAGCAACUAAGCAGUGUUGAAGGCAGGCCCAUCGGCUCAGUCUUUGUCGACAGACAUGCUCACCGAGUAAUCACCGAGAGACUCGAACGCAUCAGCAGCCAUUUAAAACAUUCCGCUGGAGAAACCGCAUGGUCAAUGAUUUCAGAGCGCUUUCAAAGAAUCAAGUGUUCCUUUGGUGCUGAGACAGCACUCACCCCUUGGCUGAAAAUUGAUGUGCCCUCGUUGGGUGCCGAGUCGACUUUCCCCGAAGCCGAUGUUUACAAUGGCCAAAUGCGGCUGCCAUGGGAUAUGGUCCAGGAAUGCUUCGAUGGGAAAAUCGACGAAAUGUGCAAUCUUCUGGAUAUGCAUCUUCAUCAGAUGAAUAUUGAUCACCCAGGCCAGCAAAUAUCUUAUCUUGUUCUCUCCGGCGGCUUUGGCAGUUCUCCCUAUGUUCGCCGACGUCUCCUCGAACGUUUCGGGAAUGCAGCCCCAACCAAGCCUCCCAACGCUCUCAAUAUGAACAUUUUACUCGCGGACGAGCCUCAACUCGUGGUGGUUCACGGUUUAGUCAUGGACAGAACGCAACAACUGAAACAAGGAGUACAGACCUUUGGCUCGCGAUGCUCCCCGGUGAGCUACGGAAUUGUCUGUGACAAACUAUACAAUCCAGCGAAGCAUGUAGGCCAGCCUUUAUGGCUCGACCCUCAUGACGACAACACAUAUGCCAUCAAUCAGGUUGACUGGCUAGUGAUCAAAGGUAAACCCGUUCCUAGCACUGGAGUAUCCAAAGCAUUCCAAAUCCGAAUGGAAAAAGGCCAGCAGAACGAACCGUUCAAAGUGCAGUUUGUCAUGUCAACGCUCGCGCGCUCUGAACUCCCCGAAAGCCUCAAUCAAUAUGGUGUCCACCCACUCUGCAGCCUAGACAUUUUCACUGAUGGGGUGGAGAGGAAACUCAAAAACAGACACUGGUAUAACUUCAAACCCGCAUUUUGGAGAGCUAACUUCGAUGUGAACGUCGUGGUUGGAGCAGCCGAUCUGAGAUUUGAGCUGUGGUCGAAUGAAACCAAGAUUCGCACCAGUGGACAUGACCCAGUAAAUGUCAAGUGGGAGCCGGCUGGCGAGCAGGAGGAUUGA